GCAGAGAGAGUGGGAGAGAGAUAGCCGUUUAGAGCUAGGUUCGAGGAGAGGCUAAUUUACGAGUCCUUUUUUUGCCUUUCAGGAAAAGAGGAGAUAAGAGGGGGGUGGUUGGUUGAGGAGAAUGGAGAAUGCAGCAAACACAUUUUUAAGCAUGCAGAAGCGGGCCGUUUCCGGUUCUUAGGCUGGUGUGUCCCUCCAUCCGAGGCCAGCAGCCGUAUGGGGAAAGCAGCGGCAGACACAGAUGGCAUGGACACUUCCACAAGGUCUGCCGCCCUGCCCUGCCUGCUCUGCCGGAGCCCGUUCGCCGCCGUCUCUCUCUUCCAGCUCGCUCCGCCGCCCAGCAGCACUGCAGCACAGCACAGGCUGACGGCAUGAGGCUUGAUCCAGUGCAUUUCUCCAUGCUGGUCAUCGGGGUCUCCUUCGCCUGUUACGCCCCGAGUCUCAACUCCCUCCAGGACCAGGCGUACCGAUCAGCCGUGGUCAUCGAGGGCGAGGUGCGCUCCUCCACGGAGAACGUCUCCUCCCGGGAGCCCUACAGUGUGAAUGUCAAAGUGCUGGACGUGUGGCCCGUCAACAGCGGCGGCCUUGAGAGGGAGCAGCUCGUGACCGUCGGGGACUUCGGCUCCGAGGCCCCCUGCACCACGGUGGAGAAGGACCAUAGAUAUAUCUUUUUCAUGGACCCGACUGCUGAGCCCUUGGUAUUUAAAGCAUCUUACGCCCCUGUUGACGCCAGUGAGCCGGAGCUGAAGAAGGAUGUAGAGAGAGUGCUGUGCGAGGACUGCGCCUCUGCCCCUAAGCUCCGGCUGAUGCGAGGCCAGUCUCUGAUGGAAGGGGACAAGCUGUACUUGAAGUGCGAGUCAUCUGGGAACCCCAGCCCUUCUUUUCGCUGGUACAAAGAUGGACACGAGCUACAAAAAGGCAGAGAUCUUAAAAUUAAGACCAAUAAAAAAAACUCAAAGGUGCAGAUCGGUCGCGUCCGUCAAGAAGACUCUGGCAACUACACCUGCGUGGCUGAAAACUCAUUAGGACAAGAAAACACCACUAGUAUAAUCAGUGUACAGAUCUUGACCACAACCAGCCCGUCGUCAGGUGUGAGUCAUGCAAGGCGCUGCAACGACUCAGAGAAGGCUUACUGUGUGAACGGAGGAGACUGUUACUUCAUACAUGGUAUUAACCAGCUGUCCUGCAAGUGUCCCAAUGACUAUUCGGGGGACCGCUGUCAAAACUCCGUAAUGGCCGGUUUCUACAAGGCUGAGGAGCUCUACCAAAAACGUGUGCUGACGAUCACUGGCAUCUGUGUGGCGUUACUGGUGGUCGGCAUUGUGUGUGUGGUGGCCUACUGCAAAACUAAGAAGAAGAGGAAGAAGAUGCACAGUCACCCACACCAGAACCAGAAUCAGUGUGUGGAGCAACCCAACCGCAUGAUGGCCAAUGGACCUAACCACCCUGGACCUGGUCUUGAGGAGAUUCCGAUGGGCGACUACAUUUCCAAGAGCAUCCCAACAACAGAGUGUGUGAUCAGCCAUGGAGCUGAGGGUGCGGGCAACUACGCAGGGAGCCGAAUGUCAACCCGCUCCCAUCACUCCACCACUGCCUCACAUGCUUCAAGACAUGAGGAGCAGACGUGGAGCAUAGAGCGAACAGAAAGUAUGAACUCAGACUGCCAGUCAGGGGGGCUGUCAAGCUCAGUGGGAACCAGUAAAUGCAGCAGCCCGGCAUGCAUGGCAAGAAGAGCUGCCCACUGGGGCUGUGCGGACAUAUCUGGACCAGGGAUGCAGUACGGGGAUUCCUACGAUUCUCUAAGAGACUCGCCUCACAGUGACAGGUAUGUGUCAGCGCUGACUACGCCAGCUCGCCUGUCUCCUGUGGAGUUCCAUUACCCCCCGUUGCCGCCCCAGGUUCCCACCUUUCAGAUCACCUCGCCCAACACAGGCCACGCCCUCUCCCUGCCUCCUGCCGCUGCCGCCUACAGCAGAGAGGACGACCAGCCACUUCUACGUUGCCCUGAUGAUAGCAGUCUAUACAGGCAGCCGCGGCGUCCCCGGCGACCGUACCUAGCAGAGAGCACAGGAAGUCUACCAUCAAGCCCUUACCGUCUCCCUGACGACGAGGCCUACGAGACCACCCAAGAGUAUGCCUCUUCACGGGAACCCAUACGGAGCCGGCGCCGCCCACGACGCAACCGACUCAAUGGACACAUCUCCCAGCGCUCGGCAGGCCUAAGGGACUGCAGCUCACAGAGCAUUAGCCAGUCGGAGGAGGAGGAAGAGGAGGAGGAAGAGGAGGAGGAGGAGGAAGAGGACGCUCAUGGAGAGAGCACCCCUUUCCUAAGUAUGCAGAACAUGAACAUGGACCCGCCCCUAACGGUCCAGAGUUACCGUUCAUCAUCAGGUGCAGACACACGGACUCACCGCGCGCAGAGCCGGGCGGGAACACGCACCAACGGGCAAAGCCGAGGCUACCAGUCACAGCGCUCCAAGGCUGACAACGUUCCCCUUUAAGACUUAGCCUCUCCCUCACAGUCACCCAUUCUCUCCACCUCACACACUCCCCUUGCUCCUACACCAACCAGUGACUUGGGAUCUGCACCUAGGAGAAAUAUUUUUAUUUUGUAUAACAGACAGAUAUUCUAAACAAAUGAAAUAUUUAUUUUCAUUUCAGCAAAAAUUGUCUACUGGCUAACAGCAAAGAGUUUUUUUUAUAACGGGGGGGUAUUUAUAUGUAAAGUUUUUUGAUUUACAGCAUUGUAAGAGAUGAAAAUACAAGAGGAUUAUGUGCCAAUUUUUUCACAAGUUAGAUAAAUAGAAUAAUAUUGUGGUGCCUUUUGCUGUAUGCUGAAGUCGGAGGUCCCAUUGAGUUUUGUAGCCUUUCUUAUAAAGACUCCUUUUUUUAUAGAGACGAACCCUCUUCCUUCCUUUUGCUUUGUGUUUUUUUUUCACUUAUUUGGGAUCUUCCUCUUUUUUGAACUGUGAUCUGAUUAUGUCAUCAUGCAAUAUUAAUUUCUGUGUAAAUGUGUCUGUUUACAUGAGUAUCAUCCAUGCAAUACCCUCCUUUUACUUGGACAUCGGUCGCCCAUGUGACCCGAUGUGUAGGGUAGUUUUGCUGAUUUUUGAAUGAUUCAAAUUGGUUAUUUAUUUUCUCAUUGCUGCCUCUCAGUCAUCUGUCGUAAUUCCUGAAAAAAAAGAGUGUUACUGUUGUCAGGGGAAAGUGACUCCAAUUUCCUGUGUUGGUGUUCAGGGUGCUGCCAUGACAUUGGUGAUGGUUACAGUACGUAUGUCUGUAUUGUGUGUGUGUGCGUGUGCUUUCCGUGUGUGUGCGUGUAAGUGUGCUUGUGUGUGUGUGUGAGUGUGUGUGCAUGCUUGUAUGCGCACACACAAACCUCAUUAAGCCUCAUUUGGUUUUCUCGUCUGUUUACCUUGGAGGGUAUGGUCUCUUGUUUGACUGACAUGCUCCUACCACCAAUCCUCACGCUGCCAGAAGCUCCAUUGCACUGUUAGAACCUCCCUCCAUGAGCAGUCAUUGGCCAGGGAGCUGCUGAUCCAAACAGAACAUAAUACCGUUGUAAUCCAGCCUGACUCUGGCCUCCUGUGGGCUGCCCAGCCCACUCGUUUCCUAUGCCAGCAGCUUAGAGCCGCACUGUCUCAGGACUUCCCCAUCACAUCACAGCCAAAAGACUUAAAGCAGUGAGCGCACAGUUCAGUCACAGUCGUGUCCACAGUCAGAUCCGCAACCCGGAACUCUCUCUUUUCCCUCAUUAUUUUGGGUUUCUUUUUUUUUUUUUUCCACUUGUGACCACGAUUAAGAGAGCAUGGGCAAAAACUCUUGGAAUCAGAGAGCAGAUUCUUUUCUUUUCUUUUUUUCUUCUCCACUUUAAAUAAUUGUAUGUAUGUGUUUUAUUGUUGUGUUGCUGUGUAUGAGUCACGAUGAUGAUGACCCUAAUAACAAUGAUGAUGAUGAUGAAGUGAUGAAGACCACAUCUGUUCAUUAUAUUAUCUGUUAUUUAUCAAUGUUAUCCUACUGAGCGCUUUACAGGCCCUUUUUAAGUGGUGGGUCCCUGGAAUCACAACCACCUCUGAGUGAACAAAAAAAAAUUCUUGUGAGUCACUAUGUGCAGCUUCACACUGCUACAUGAUACUGGUAUGAUAAUGAUUACUGCAUCCUUGAUUUGCAUUCCUAUACCUUUAUUGAUUGAAUUUCUGUUGCCUGUUCAUAUCGACUGAAUGAUCUGUUACGUGUCUGUUUCUGUUUGCCCCCUUCCACUUCACGUUACCACCCACCUCCAUGCCUUUCUCACCCCUUUAGAAGCAACAAGUAGAAGAUCUUAGGCCCCAUUUCCUGACGAGUAUAGUGAACGGCAUAUUGACAGUGAGCUGAUCAUGUUAGAAACUCUUCCACUUCAGAUAUACAUCAGGUUUAGAAACCUCUCGAGCUCAAUGGAAAAACUGAAACUAGGUCAGAUACAAUGUGUAUCUCUAUUAGAGUUAAUUUUAAAAUGAGCAGAGCUUGUUGUUUUUCACACAGAAGAUGCAUGGGUCACUGAUAUAAAGUAUCGUAACAAUGGCAAAUCAACUACAUUUAUUUAAAAGAAAAUGUGUUUUUGGGCCAAAUGGUCUGGCUAGUUUUGUCUUAAUAUCACUGUAAUCAAUCUGGGGUUUGCAAUGUGGAAAUCCUGCAAGUGAGGGUAGUGUGCUUUUAGUGCUAGUUGAAUUAAUAAUACCUUGCCCUCUUUCUCCUAACCCUACAUGCACACAUACAGUAAACAUGGAACACAUAAAGCACACCAAAUGACACACACACACACACACACACACACACACACACACACACACACACACACACACACACACACACACACACACACACACACACACACACAGCCCGACCAUGUUUGUGUUUGUCACAGUUUGCCUUUGUCCUUUUCACCGACCAACUUUCUUAAUUUCCCCUCCUUCCUCGUCCCCCUUUCUUCUC